AUGGGGGUGCAUCGAAGGCACGCUGACAAUGGGGACAGGAGUAGAGCUCCCAUACGAGGCAUACGUGCGCAUUGGGUUGUGAGUAGAGGAGUGGGGAAACCUGAUGCAGUUCGGUGCACCUUCCCGUCCGCGCCUUCCUCUCCGCAAUUCCUUCCAGUCCGCGCCUCCCUCCCGCCGCGCUGCCUUCUCCGCACCUUCCGCAACGCGGUUCCUUCCCGUCCGCGCCUUCCGCGUUGCUCUUGCUCCGCCGCGCUGCCUUCCGCGCUGCUCUUGCUUCUUGUCAGAGCCUUCCGCGCUGCUAUUGAUUUCGCGUCCGCGCGCUCCGCGCUGCUCUUGCUUCCCGUCAGCGCCUUCCGCGGUGCUCGUGCUUCGCGCCCGCGCCUUCCGCGGUGCUCUUUCUUCCCGUCCGCGCCUUCCGCGCAGCUCUUGCUUCCCGUCCGUGCCUUCCGCGCUGCUCUUGCUUCCCGUCCGCACCUUACGCGCUGCGAUUCCUUCCCGUCUGCGCCUUACGCGCUGAGAUUCCUUGCCGUCCUCGCCUUCCGCAAUGCGAUUCCUUCUCUUCAAUCCCUUCGCUCUCUCUCCUCUCCCGUCCGUUCGUUCCCUUCCUGGCGUUCCCUCGCGUGCCCCUCCCGUCAGCGCGUUCCCGUCCGUGCCUUCCUGGCCAACCCUAUCCGGUCACGCUUCCCCUCCGCGUCUACCAGUCUCCGUCACAGUGUUCCUUGCUGGUGUGUGUAA